AUGCUUCCAAGGCAAUCUAAUGAGCCAAUCGGCAUUGAGAAUCAGGUCAGAAGUAAUGACCAAGGUCAGAACCCUCCGCCAGCUCCAGAAAACUGGCAACAGAUGCUUGGUGAUAUGCAGGCUAGGCUACAGAGACAGGGUGAAGAGAUUCGCCAGUUGAGGCAACAACAUGUUCCGGCAGGGAACGCUGCAUCAGAGGCCCCAUCUGCUGCUCCAGUACCGGUCGUACAGCAGCAGACAGAGUUAGAGAACCGUUGGGAGUUACUGUAUGAACAGUUCAGGAAACAGGACCCUCCGGCAGUCUUGGCUCAACAUCACAGCAUAGUUCGGGCCAGGGCCAGGGCUAGGGCUAGGAAUGAAGAGCUUAAGGCCAAGCUCCAUUCCACUCAAGUCGCCCUGUCUGCUACCCAAGCUGCCCUCGUAGCUGCUCAACAAGGUGAAUUAAGCACCAAAGCUGCCGUGACAGCGGCCCAAGAAGGCGAGCAGGCUACAAAGGCUGCCCUAACAGCGGCCCAGGAGGGCAAGCAAGCUGCGAAGGUUUCCCUGGCUUUCGUGUAG